AUGAGGUUGGCGCGUGGCUGUAUGGAAAUUUACAACCGUCGGCGGCCGGCCGGGGACGCUUCCGGUGCUCCGGUGGAGAUGAAUGCCACGGGGCGGGAGAGCACGCUCCGAGCGUACGACAGUUGCAGCGAUGGCGUGGCGGCGUUGGUGGCUUUUCCGGCCCACACCGUGGCCAGCAGCAGGGUCGAGGGAGCGGAAGGACGGAGCACUGGUGGGGGCGAUCCGGAGCACGACACGGCAACGACUCCGUGGCCCGCCUGCGACUUCCAAGACGAACGCAGGGACAGCUCCGGUACAAGCUUGCAUCGAUCGCUUACGACGGGAAGGACGCAGCAGGAGGAGGAGAAUGACGAGGAGGUGCAGGACAAACAAGGCGGCCGAUGGAAAAUACGCGGCAGGCUCUACCAUCGAUCCCGCGUGCACCUGUUGCUGGUCGCUGUCGUGCUGCUGACACAAAUGUUUGUAAAUAUUAGAAUAGGAGAAGCAGCUAGUCAAAUACUCAACAAAGCAGAACCAUUGUUCAUCUCAAGAUCAGAAGCAUUCAAGUUCGCCGUUGGCGAUGUCAUCACACUUCCAUGCGAAGUAGCUUCUCCAGGUUCCUACGUGCUGGCCUGGAAGCGGGGCAUUGCGAUCCUGACCGCGGGCUCGGUCAAAGUGACGCCGGAUCCACGCGUGCGGCUCGUCAACGGUUACACGCUGCAGAUACGGGACGCGGUACCGCAGGAUGCCGGUGACUACAUCUGCCAGAUCGCGAUGCUGGACCCGCGGGAAAUCACGCACCACGUGGAAAUUCUCGUUCCACCAAAAAUUACGCACGUCACGUCCGGUGGACAUCUGCAGGUACGAAAGGGUUCCCCGGUCCGGCUCGAGUGUUCUGCUACUGGCAAUCCUAUGCCAAACAUUACGUGGACAAGGAAAAACAAUCUACUGCCAAACGGCGAGGAACAAUUCACCAAUCCUGUGUAUGUCAUUGAGAACAUGGACCGACACAAGGGCGGAACGUACAUCUGCACUGCCAACAAUGGCGUCGGACAAGUGGCGACUAGUCAAAUCAUCUUGCAUGUCCUUUAUCCACCGGAGAUAAGCGUGGAAAACCCGAUCGUUUACUCCGGCGAAGGCCAGGAGGCGAUGCUCGUGUGUAUCGUGCACGGUGAAUCUCAACCGGAAGUACUGUGGCACAAGGACACGAUGCAGAUCGAUCAAACCGAGCGGCACGUGAUCGAGAACCGGGGCGCCCGGCACACCCUCAUCAUACGGAAGGUGCACGCGCAGGACUUCGGCAACUACUCCUGCAUCGCCGACAACCAGCUGGGCAAGACGCGCAAAACGGUGACGCUGACCGGGAAGCCGAAGACGGCCGUCUUCCGGUCGGUGCCGAACAGCCAGUGGAAGGACAAGUACAACAUUUCCUGGAUCGUCGACUCACACUCGCCGAUCGAAGAGUACAAGCUCUACUAUCGGCAGGUCGAUGGGGACACGCUCCAGGCGCACGACGGCAUUUUCCUCGACAACCGGAAACCGCACCCCAGCUACAUGGGCGACAAUAUGUUGGACUACAAUCGGAAAAUCAGCUCGUACGACAGCUACUCGUACAACAAUGGCUACCACAACCUGCACCACAAAUGGUCCAAGACGGACUGGCGGGACAUAGUGCUGCCGGCGUUUCCCUACUCGCACCACUACACCCAGGGCAUCAGCUAUCUCAUACGGGGCCUCGAGCCCGACCAGCAGUACGAGGCACGGGUUCAAUCCAGAAACCGGUACGGUUGGAGUGACUUCUCCGAGAGCUUUCUGUUCACCACGUCAAAUACAGAUACAGAGAUACGGGAUCUAAGCGUAACUCACUACAGCUCGUCGCGAGGAUCGAGACAACACAUCAAUGCUCUUUCUCUCUCUUCCUUCCUUUCUCUCUCUCUCUCUCUCUCUUCCGUUUUCUCAAAGCGAUUCUAUUCUAAUUUUGCCUAUCCUUGGACGUUAUGUAUUCAUGACUCUCCGUCUUCCACUCUCACCGCACAGGCAAAUUGCGUCUUCUGCAUUUAA